AUGGACUCGCGACGUGGAGCCUACUACUACUACAUGACGGCGGCGGCGGCGGCGAAGGUUGAUGCCACUGACGAUGAGGAGCCGCCAGCGCCAGCUGAGCUCGCUCCGAAGGCUGCGUCGCAGAAGAAGGUGGUGGAGGUGCAAGGCGCCGGCUUGGGCGAUGGCGCCGUUGACGCCGCGCCGCCGGUGCGCGAGGAUCUGACGUGCCCGGAGUGCGGGAAGGCCUUCCUGUCGGACAAGGCGAUGUACGGACACCUGCGGUCUCACCCACAGAGGCGCUCCAGGUACAAGGGGGCGGCGGCGGCGGCCGACGAGGGUUUCAUGGGGGGAGUCACGAGGACGCGGAAGGUGGCGCAGAAGGAGGCCGCGCUCGGCGACCACCACCACCCGGGGAGGUCUCCGGUGACGGGGAAGCGCGGGCGCCCGCCGCCCUCAGCCGGCAGUGGUGGCCCUCCCGCGCCCGCGCCUGCGCCGUCUAUGCUGCAGCCGCUCCUCACGGAGGAGGAGGAGGCGGCGAUGACUCUCCUGGACCUGGCCGCGGGGCGCCGGAGGACGUCUGAGCAACCUACGCAACAGGAACGUGUCGCCGACGACGACGACGGCCCCCCGGCGGCUUUGCACCGGAUGCCAAGCGUCGAGCGAGACGCCCACGCGCCGGGCGUCCAGCAGCUCUCGGCACCGGAUCAUGUCGGUGGCGACGACGCGGAGCAGAAGACAUGGGAAGCUGAGAAGCCCGAGCUGCACGUGCAUAUCUUUGGGAUCGUCCAGGGGUUCGUGGUGCAGGAGGAGCCCGAGAAGGCUGCUCUCAAGGAGCAUGUCGCCGCGGUCACCGCCGAGCCGCACAUGCCGGAGCCGAGGACGCCAGUGAAGCUGGGGCCUAUAGCCGAGGCGCCUAUCCUCGGCGACAAGAACCGUCCCGCCGACACGCCCCUGUCCUCCUCCCGCCGCACCAAGUAUCCAGUGAAGCCAGGAUCCCAUGGCGUCGAGCAACAGUCUCCCCCAGCGCCAGCGCCACCUGCAGCGGACGUUGGGCCGCCGCCGCCGCCGGUGGUGAGGCGCAUCCCGUCGCCAGCUUCGGAUAAGAAGUUCGGCUGUCCGGUUUGCCCCAGGACGUUCUCCAGUUACCAAGCCCUAGGCGGCCACACGACAAUGCACAAGAGGGAGCUCAGGAGAAGCGCUCAGCAGCGGCAGCACGACGCGCACAGCAUCCUGGCCCAGCAGCUCCACGGCGUCGUCGACGCCCCCGUCGUCGCUGCUUCUGGCCGUGGUCCCGUGGAGGAGGGCUUGGUCAGCCCACCGGCGGCGGCGCCGCCCAAGGAGACAUUCCAGUGCGCCAAGUGCUACAUGAUCUUCCCCACCGGGCAGGCUCUCGGCGGCCACAAGCGGAAGCAUUUUCUCGAGAAGGAGCAGCUGCGGCCCAGCAUCACGCCCUCGCCGCAGACGACGGCCACCACCGAGCCUGCGCCGCUGGUUGCGCACGCCAAUCCCGCGUCGCCGAUCGCCAGCGCCGCUUCUCCGGCACCCAUGGCCAACGGCGGCGCCACGCCUGAGCCACCGAUUGCCAGCGCCGCUCCUCCGGCGCCCAUGGCCAACGGCGGCUCCACGCCUGAGACGCCGAUCGGCGCCGCUGCAGCUGAGCAGCCGGGCAUAAACAUUUUUGACCUCAACGAGCUGCCCAAGGAUCAUGAGGGGGAGAACCAACCCUAG